GUGGUGCAGGAUGUUAGGACCGGGAACUGGUGGCUGACCUAUCAAGGUAUAAUAGUAGGAUACUGGCCGCCGAGCAUCUUCACCGGCGGUUUGAAGAGCGGGUCCAGCCUGGUGGAGUUUGGAGGAGAGGUGGUGAAUUCCGACCCGACCGGGUUCCACACCAGUACCGACAUGGGCAGCGGCCACUUCCCUAGCGAAGGGUUUGGGAAGGCGGCUUUCUUCAAGAACUUGGUCUACCUGACCAGAGGCGGGGUGGCCAAAGACGCCGACACACUUCAGGGGAGAGCGGCGCGGCCGGAGUGUUAUGACGUGGCGGUGCAGAAGAGCGAUACGGACUACGGCGCUUACUUCUACUAUGGGGGUCCUGGCUUCUCCCGAUACUGCAAGUACUGA